UCGCAUAGGGCCGUCCGCUUGUCGUGUCCAACCCGCGUCAGCUUCGCUGCUCACGAUUCAGCGCAACGUGUUAUUGUUUUACGAACGUGGCGUUGUUCAAACUGUUGUCGUUUUAAAUGUACCGUUUUGUGCGUUAAAUGCAAGCGUGCGCUGUUCGUGAUGCACCGGGAAAAAGUGAAUCGAUUGUCCACGUCUCUGGGGACUAUCGGCAUUCGACCGUGUUGUGAUCCUCCGUUAUGUUAAAUUCAAUUGGAAGCUGUGGUAUUGGUGUGUGCAUAAAACGUAAUAGUGAUGGUGUCUGUGUUCGCCGGCAUCCAUCAUCAUCAUCAUCUGGCCCCGAAAGCUUCGUCAUCAGUGUAAGUGAGUGUUGUGUGAAAUGAAACGCGUUCGAGCGGUGGAAGUUUUCUGUACGACAGUUGUUGACCAAGAUCGAUGAAUGGUAAAAGUGUAAAAAGGGUGCUGUAUCUAUGUGCUUGUGUAGAAAGUGUGUUGGUAAAAAGUUCACAUCCCCAACCGUUGUUUCGCAUGUGUUUGGUCGGAAGCAACAACGGAACAACAAAGGUGUAUCAAACGUCAAACCUCCAGCGGUUAAUGCAUUUAAUGUGCGCUCGUCGAAGGUUCGACCGUAAACGAACAUUACGUAUGUUGGCAUCUGUGACCUUAAGCGGUCCGCUGCUGAGCCAGCUGCUUCUACGAACGUUACCUAACGCACACCAUACUUGGGCUCAUCGCUGUUGGUAGGCGACUUAGCUACGGCCUGCUCGGAAUACUCAACAGAAGCUACAUACGCGCUGAAAAAGCGAUCAAUAAUGCACUCUUAGUACAUCGGAAAGCUCGUAGCGCCACCUCCAACAUCCGAACAGGUGAUAAACGGCUCAUCCUUACGUCUCGGUCCACCGUCGAUGGCCUUAACCCGCACGGACUGAUUUGCCGCUAGCGUUCGGAAGUACCGGUUCGCCAAAGAAACCGGUCCACGGAGCCUCGCUGUAAAGCCGGCUGUUGUAGCGAACGCGCCACGCGACCAACUUCACAAAGCGACACCUGUCGCGGUGGUAACAACCUCUGAUCGAAUACCAGCACCAACAUCAUCGUCCGGCUCGUCGUCGUUGUGUCUCCGGUUUGCACGGAACACGGCUUAAGAUAUGCAACAGGUUGGCCGCUUCAUCACGGACAGCAUCAUACGGGUACGGCGGAGUCCAAACUUGACAGACUUUUGCUGCCAACGAAAGCCACCGGCCAGACAUGAUGAUGAUGCUACAACCUCGGGCAUAACGUUGGAUGACUCCGAUAAGCGCGUGAUACGGUUGAACGAACCGCAAGUUCAAAAGUAUUGUAACAAUCAUAUCUCUACCGCUAAAUAUAGUGUGCUUAGUUUUUUCCCAUCGUUUCUGUUCGAGCAGUUCCGGCGGUACUCGAACUGUUUCUUCCUGUUUAUCGCACUGCUGCAGCAGAUACCGGAUGUCUCGCCGACCGGACGGUACACGACGCUCGUGCCGCUGAUGUUCAUCCUGACGGUGAGCGCCAUCAAGGAGAUCGUCGAGGACAUCAAGCGGCACCGGGCGGACGACGAGAUCAACCAUCGCGAGAUCGAGGUGCUCCAGAAUGGCCAGUGGCGCUCGAUCAAGUGGCAGGAGCUGGCGGUCGGCGACAUCGUCAAGGUGCAGAACAACACCUUCUUCCCGGCCGACCUGGUGCUGCUGUCGUCGAGCGAACCGCAGGGCAUGUCGUUCAUCGAGACAGCCAACCUAGACGGCGAGACGAACCUGAAGAUCCGCCAGGGCGUGCCGAACACUUCGAAGAUCCUGGAAACGAAAGACUUCAUCCAGUUCAGCGGCACGCUGGAAAGUGAACCACCGAAUCGGCAUCUGUACGAGUUCAAUGGCGUGCUGAAGGAGCACGACAAACCAUCGGUAGCGCUUGGACCGGACCAGCUGUUACUGCGCGGCGCCAUGCUACGUAACACCGCCUGGAUAUUCGGCAUCGUUAUCUACACCGGUCACGAUACGAAACUUAUGCGAAACUCUACCUCAGCGCCGUUAAAGCGCUCAACCGUUGACAGACUGACAAACACGCAAAUUCUAAUUUUAUUUUUCAUUCUGAUCUUUCUGUGUAUCGUGAGUUGCAUUUUCAACCAAAUUUGGACGAACAAACAUUUCGAUAAGGACUGGUACUUAGGCAUUGGCAAUCUUUUGAACAAAAACUUUGCCUACAAUCUGCUUACAUUUAUUAUUUUGUACAACAACUUGAUUCCAAUAUCGCUGCAAGUUACGCUGGAGUUGGUCCGCUUUCUACAGGCAAUCUUCAUCAACAUGGACAUCGAUAUGUACCACGAGGAGUCGGAUACGCCGGCGAUGGCGCGCACGUCCAACCUGAACGAGGAGCUCGGCAUGGUGAAAUACGUUUUCUCCGACAAAACCGGGACGCUAACGCGGAACGUGAUGGAGUUCAAGAAGUGCAGCGUCGCCGGCGCGAUAUACUCGGCCGAGGAAACGCCGGCACAGUCCCGGCUGGUUCAGAACAUUAUCAACAAUCACCGUACGGCGCCGACGUUGCGCGAAUUUCUCACGCUGAUGGCAAUCUGCCACACGGUGAUACCGGAGAAGCAGCCCGGCAACGAUAACAUGAGCGACAUCCAGUACCACGCAGCCAGCCCGGACGAGCGGGCGCUGGUGUACGGGGCGAAGAAGUUCGGCUACGUAUUCUACACCCGGACGCCGACGUACGUCGAAAUAGAGGCGCUUGGGGUGUCGGAGCGGUUCGAGAUACUUAACGUGCUGGAGUUCACGUCGACGCGCAAACGCAUGUCGGUAAUCGCGCGCAACUCCAAGAGCGAAAUCAAGCUCUACUGCAAGGGUGCGGACACGGUGAUUUACGAGCGGCUGGCGCCGGAUGGUGUGGCAUACCGUGAGGCCACCCUGGCGCACCUGGAGGAGUUUGCCACGGAAGGUCUGCGAACGCUGUGUUGCGCCGUGUCGGACAUUCCCGACGAUGUGUACGAGGACUGGAAGCACACGUACCAUAAGGCGUCCACGUCGUUGCAGUACCGCGAGCAGAAGGUGGAGGACGCCGCCAACCUGAUCGAGACGAACCUGCGACUGCUGGGUGCGACGGCCAUCGAAGACAAGCUGCAGGAUGGCGUGCCGGAAACGAUCGCAUCGCUACUCGAGGCCAAGAUUAACGUGUGGGUGCUGACGGGCGAUAAGCAGGAGACGGCCAUCAACAUCGGCUACUCGUGCCAGCUGUUAUCCCACUCGAUGGAUUUGAUUCUACUAAAUCAGGAUUGCUUAGAUAACACACGGAAUUGUAUAUCAGAGCACACCAGCCAAAAUGGGCGCUAUGAUAACUUGGGCCGCAAAGACGCCGCCCUGAUUGUGGAUGGAAAAACACUAAAGUACGCCCUCAGCUGUGAUCUGCGCCGAGACUUCCUCGAUCUUUGCGUGUCCUGUAAGGUGGUGAUCUGUUGCCGGGUGUCCCCGAUCCAGAAGGCCGAAGUCGUGGAGCUGGUAACGACCAACACCAAAUCGGUCACGCUGGCCAUCGGCGAUGGAGCGAACGAUGUCGCCAUGAUUCAGAAAGCGAACGUCGGCGUGGGAAUAUCCGGCGUGGAAGGACUUCAGGCGGCCUGCGCGUCAGACUAUUCGAUAGCUCAGUUCAGUUACCUUCGAAAGCUGCUACUGGUGCACGGUGCGUGGAACUACAGCCGUAUGUGCAAACUAAUCCUGUACAGUUUCUACAAAAACAUCUGCCUAUACGUGAUAGAGCUUUGGUUUGCGAUUUAUUCCGGAUGGUCCGGCCAAAUAUUAUUCGAACGAUGGACAAUCGGUUUAUAUAAUGUGUUUUUCACUGCACUACCACCGUUCGCGAUGGGCCUGUUCGACAAGGUGACCACAGCAGAACAGAUGCUUAAAGAACCGAGGCUCUACGCUCCAUCACAAAAUGCCAAACUGUUUAACGUGCGAGUAUUCUGGCGCUGCAUCGCAAACGCACUGUACCAUUCGGCGGUUCUGUUUUGGCUGUCGAAGAAGUCCUACGAGAAGGACGUGAUUUGGAGCAAUGGUCGCGACGGAGGAUAUUUAGUGUUAGGAAACAUUGUUUAUACAUUUGUAGUUGUAACGGUGUGUUUGAAAGCGGGUCUACUCACCAACUCCUGGACAUGGUUAACGCAUUGCUCCAUCUGGGGAUCGAUACUAUUGUGGUUCUUAUUUAUGUUUAUUUAUAGUAACAUUUGGCCAACUUUACCAGUGGGUGCCGUGUUUACAGGUAUGGAUGAUAUGGUGUUCUCGACUCCGGUGUUUUGGUUGGGUCUGCUGCUUAUCCCAAUAACAGCUUUGUUAUUUGACAUUAUUUGGAAAGUGUGGCGAACCUACAGGAAGGAUAAAACGCUUGCACCUCCGAUGAAGGAAUCGAGAUCUUCAUGGAUACGCCUUCUCGCAGGAGGAAGGUGGCACAGUCACGCAAACCGACGUCAUCCGCGCGUACGACACGAACCUGCCAAAGCCGGACGGAAACUGAGUGUGCCCCGGGUGCGCGUACUGCUACGGCAGCUACUAUACCGCGUGCUGAGGAAGCGCUACUUCCGGUCACUGCUGCCGGUUCGCCCGUCCCACCGCCAGCGGCCCUGGGCGAGACAGCGGGAGCCGGCGCUGCUACCGGCCGCGGUGUCGGUCUAGAGCAGGACUGCGGACAUACUUUCCCAAAUUGGCCAAAUUAUUACUCGAAGGUGCCCAAAGGCCCCCGAAUGCGGAACUGUGUUUUCUAGUGUUCGAACGUGAACGUAAAAAUUAUCGUAUCGAAAAAAAGGCAACAAAAAAAUGUUUAAAAAAAAUACAUUCACAACUAUGGCGGUAGGGGUCUGCAUGCUCUUAACGUGACGGAAGAGGAAGAUAAUGUGGAAUGCAAAUUAUUUACAACACAAAUUCAUAAAACAAAAAAAACAAUUCUACAGAGUAUUCCCAAACAAAGCAUAGUGGAGAUUUUCAACGAAGGAAUUGGCAACGGUGUACUAAAAGUGAAGAUAAAUUUACAGUACAUCAUGCACGACACCCGAAAAUGAGUUCCACUGAAAGUUCGGUGGAUAAAAGGUACAGUGGAAACCAUUUUGAAACUGCAAACUAUAGCAGGAAAAGGAAAAAGAAACAGAUUGAAGUAAAACGAAACCUAUUUGUUAGCUAUAAGUCGCGCAGGGUACGUUUACUAUAUAUUUUUGGACGACUUAGGCAGAGCCACUGGCGUUAGUAUAUUGAGCUGUCCAUUUGUUGCCACGCUACUAUCAAUCGAUGUUUUGCAUUAACGGGGUUCGGUUUUCUUACGUACUUUUACGGUGUAUUUUUGGAUGGGUUGUUAGAUAAAUAAGAAAGGAAUUGAAAAUUUUUUUAUGUUUCACCAAAUAGUACCCAUUUUUUCUAUUUUUUAUUUUUCGAUACUCAACUGCAAUUUAUAGUAAUCCUUCCUUUGCACAAUGCAAUUCCUAUAAACAGAAAUGCAUAUUUUUCGGUUAUUUCAGUCAUUAAAGUACCCUCAUCUCUCAAGCAGUUCCCUUUUUUCUAAAUAAAUUAGUUAAAACACCCACCUUGAAAAUGUCUACAUAUCAGUCGCCUUCGUUUCGAUUCCAUGCAAUUUAGUUCGCAAUGAUAAUUUAUUAUUAGGUUAUCCGGUUUCAAUAACAGUCAUGUUUUGCACACAAUUUUCAGUUAUGCGUAGUUUAAAACUAUGAUUAUUAAAAAAGCGAUGUGGCAAAUCGGAUAGGAGCAAGAAUUUGGCAUUUGGUAGGGAAAUUAGUUUACGAAGCUAGGAAUAACAAGAUCUGAUGUACUUGAGCCAUUUCGGUGUCCUUUUUUCGUGUGUUGUGAACGAACGAGCUCAGACGGCGUAUGAACAGUAGGUGGAGGACUAACAAACGAAAGUAUUACUGUAAUUAGUUUUUAUCUCUCUUUAUAACCAACUAACACAACCGGGAGGAAAAGCCACGUGCCGCAAAACGAACGGUAACAUUGUGGAGCUCUGGUGGAUUAAUCAACAGUUUUGCUGAAACCAUCACUUUCGAGCUUACAAAAACCGAUCCUAGUGUGAAGGUGGCGGUAGUACACGGGCAAAGAGUGGGAGGGGUGUAUAAAUAUUCUUACCAAAUAAAACAAAAGUUAAUGGAAUCCUUCUAUUCAGCAAACAGUUAACAACGUGAUAACCGUGAUUUCGUUAAUGGAUUAUUGUGUAGAGUGAAACGUAACCGAAAGUAGACUAUACCACUUGUCCAGUGAAACGGAAAACUAAUACACACCCUACACCUUCUUAAACAGCAUCUCGUGCCCACAGCCGUUAGGAAAUGCACCGUUUGCUCGAUGAAAUAGAACGCUAUCUCAAACCCGUUAUGAAAUCCAGGUUAAAUUGGUAAAAAAAAACCACAGUUCAAAAAUGUUACAACACUUAACAGCAGUUAAUUAGUUCAAACAGUAAAUAACCGAUGUCCGUAUUUUAGUAUUGAUCUAAGCGGUCCACAUAGAAGGAAAACAUAUUACAGAAACACACUUUCCAAACUAAGGUCAGUCAACCCAGUACAACGAGUCCCUUAAUAGCGGGCUACGAAAAAACCAUCAUGCUGUUUCAAAUCUCUCUCCUGUAUCCUGUAGAUAACCGUGAAACAAUAACCGGCACAGAAAUGCACUAACAGUGUCACAUCAAUUAACUUCAACGGCCAAUAGGUUCGAAUAAAUGGUGGGCGAUAAGAAGCUAACACAAAAAACUUCCUAAGACCAAAGAAAAUAGGUGAUCAUGUUUAUGUUUAGCACAACAGGAACAAUUUCCACUAAAACAAAAAAACAUCAAUGUUGAAUUACAGGAAAACAAUCAUAAAUU